AGGAAUUUAUUGUGGAAAAGAUAGAGGACAGAACAGUUUGAGAAAUGGAAUCAGGACAGGAAAUACAAUGCUUGAACAAAGGAACAGAGAUAGAAGAAAGGAAAGACAUUCCAUUCCUAGUCUUCUACAAUGGAAAAUUCGAUGAUCGAAUGAAUUAUGAAAAUUAUGAAGCCAGUGGACACUACAUUUCUGCCAAUUGUAACUAUGAAGAUUUGCAACAGAAACUCAAAGAUGCCCUGGAAUGCAACCAAGAAAACACUGUUUUGCAACUGAAAUAUCAAGUGAAGGAAGGAUACCAACCAUUGAGGAUAAAGGAUGAUCAAAGCCUGCAUUUCUACAUACAACUCAAACUGAAAGACCCCGACUUCACAACAUACCCAAUGUGUGUGAAUGUCAUCAACAACCCAACAACAACCAUCGAUGCAACAUUCUUUGGAAAUGACAAUUCAUUAAUUACACAUAGAAGCGCCUUCCAACCAAUCGAAUACAAUGCAGCAACAACAGAAGACUCAACAAAUCAACAACAUAUAAUUGAAGCAAGAGUACUGGAAUUUGGGGAAGAAAGUUUUGACUUCAUGGACUAUGCAAAACUUGUGGCAGAGGAAAUGGUUGAGCAACUGGAAAACAACAGAAAAAAGGAACCGUAA